UAUGUCUCUUGUGCUUGCCCAAUGUAUGCAUGCGCACACAUACAGUAUGUAUGCAUCCACCAUCACAGUCCUGCUGUCUUUGUCACAUAUAAGUGACAAAAAAUGACCCACCUGGCAAACUGCUGCCUCAGCAGGGGUGCAACCCUCAGCCCCUCCCUGCUGUUCAUGUGCCGUUUGUGUGUGCGUGUGUCUGUGUGUCUGUGUGCCUGUGUGUGAACGUUCGCAGUCAGUGCGUAUCGCGCUGGCUGUGUGGGUGCAUGUUGGAUCAUUUUCUCCUGCUGUGGAGGUGAACAGGAAGCACAACGGAGGGUUUCCCCUCAAUGUAUCUAGGAGCAGUGGACAAAGAUGAAGUUACUAAAAACUCCUGCAUUGGAGCUUUCUGGACAGAAUAGUUUGAGCUUGGACACUAAAGAAGAGCUGUAUUUUUUACUUUAUAUUUCUGAAAUCUAAGAGAUUUUGGUAAUAUGAUUGGAUGCUGGCGAGAAUAUUUGAAAUGACCACUGGAUUUACUUACUUAAUUUUUUCCAAGCACAACAUUUGCACCUGUGUGUCUGUGAGUCUAAAAACAUGUUGAGUGUAAGCUCCACACACAUUAUUGUUCUCAGACAAAUGACAGGUCAGAAUGGCACAGUGCAGCCAAGGUGUGUCUCUCUGUCAGAGUAACAGCCAGGCUGCCACUGCUCUGGAACUUGAUAUUCAUCCUAGAUCUGUGGCUACCGUGCUGAACAGAAACAAAGGCCAGUGACUGUUUUUCUGGGGACCAUACGAUCUGCAGGACUCCUGCCUGAAGCACAAACGUGAUGUUUUGUAUGGAGGUGAAGGGAACUAUGACAUAGUGAACAGUGCUGUUGUCUCCACACCAGGACCACACAACUACAGAACCCACAAUGUGUCACUCCGACAGAGCUGGGAGAUGAACUACCAAGAGGCAGCCAUUUAUCUACAGGAAGGGGAGAACAAUGACAAGUUCUUCACGCACCCUCGGAACCCAAAGGCCCUGGCAGCCUACCUGUUUGCACACAACCACCUGUUCUAUAUGAUGGAGCUGCUCACAGGGCUGCUACUGCUGAUGCUGUCACUGUGUGAGGCUCCUGCUGUUCCCUCGCUGCGCCUGGACGUCUAUGUCCAUGCCACUUUGGAGCUGCUGGCUUUGGUCAUGGUGGCAUUUGAGCUGUGCAUGAAACUGCGCUGGUUAGGUUUCAAUACCUUCAUACGACACAGGAGGACCAUGGUGAAGACGUGCGUGUUGCUGCUACAGUUCGUAGAGGCCAUUGUGGUUCUGAUCAGACAGACGUCUCACAUGCGAGUGACCAGAGCUUUGAGGCCUAUAUUCCUGGUGGACUGUAGAUACUGCGGUGCUGUUCGCAGAAAUUUACGUCAGAUGUUCCAGUCCCUUCCCUCCUUCAUCGACAUCCUCCUGCUGCUGCUUUUCUUCAUGGUUAUAUUUGCCAUCCUGGGUUUCUGCCUUUUCUCCACAAACAGUGCUGACCCUUACUUCAGCACCCUGGAGAACAGCCUCGUCAGUCUGUUUGUGUUGCUGACCACAGCAAAUUUCCCUGACGUGAUGAUGCCAGCGUACUCCAAGAAUCGCUGGUCCUGUGUCUUCUUCAUUGUUUACCUCUCCAUAGAACUGUACUUCAUCAUGAACCUGCUCCUGGCCGUGGUGUUUGACACGUUUAAUGAUGUCGAGAAGAUGAAGUUUAAAUCUCUUCUCCUCCACAAACACUCCGCCAUUGAUCACGCCUUUCAGCUACUGGUUAGCCGACAGAGACCGACGGGCGUCUCACUGAAACAGUUUGACGGCCUGAUGCGUUUUUACAGACCACGCAUGUCUGCUAGAGACCGCUUUCUUACGUUUAAGGCUCUGGACACGUCAGGUGCUCAUAUGCUAAGCCUACAAGACUUUUACAAGUUCUACGAAGUCAUUGGUCUUAAAUGGAAGGCAAGACGCAGUGGAGAACAUUGGUUUGAUGACCUUCCUCACACAGCCUUCCUCAUUUUCAAAGGAAUCAACAUGCUGGUAAAGUCUAAAGCCUUCCAGUAUGCUAUGUAUGUUGUGGUGGCCAUUAAUGGAGUGUGGAUCCUUGUGGAGAUGUACACAUUAAAGAGUGGAUUCUCUUGGUCCAGAUUUGUUCCCUGGAGCUACAUAGUUUUCCUGACCAUUUAUGGAGUUGAGGUUCUGCUGAAAAUCGCAGGUUUGGGACCAAUGGCUUAUUUCAGCUCUGGAUGGAAUCUGUUUGACUUCUUGGUGACAGUGUUUGCCUUUCUUGGUCUCAUUGCUCUUGCCUUCAACAUGGAGCCAUUUUACUUUAUUGUUGUGCUCAGACCUUUCCAGCUGCUCCGGUUGUUUAAGAUAAAGCAGAGGUAUCGUAACGUGUUGGACACCAUGUUCGAGCUCUUCCCCAGGAUGGCCAGUCUGGGUCUGACCCUCAUCAUCUUCUACUAUUCCUUCGCAAUUGUAGGAAUGGAGUUCUUUGCGGACGUGGUUUACCCAAACUGCUGCAACACUAGCACAGUGGCAGACUCUUACAGACAGAUCAACAUCACUGUUGGCAACACGACAGUGUUGGAAGAAGGCUACUAUUAUCUCAAUAACUUCAACAACAUUCUCAGCAGCUUCGUUACUCUGUUUGAACUGACUGUGGUGAAUAACUGGUACAUCACUAUGGAAGGAGUGACGUCCAUGACCAGUCACUGGAGUCGAUUGUAUUUUAUGACCUUUUACAUCGUAACUAUGGUGGUAAUGACCAUCAUCGUUGCCUUCAUCCUGGAUGCAUUUGUGUUUCGAAUGAACUACAGCCGCAAGAAUCGAGAACCACUGGAGAACCCAGAGGAUGAGAAUGGAAUCGUGUUUGAAGUAGAGGUGAGCAGAGAAGAAGCUCUGGCCACUUUAGAGCUGUACAAACGGACAUGUCCGGGUCUGUCCUCACUCAGCUCACUGCAGGGAAUUCUACAAUCUAUGGACAGGGUUGGUCACAUGUCCCUGGUUUACCUGGGCCGCAGAUCUAGAACAAAGAGUGACCUGAGCAUGAAGAUGUACGAGGAAGAGAUGCAGGAGUGGUAUGUUGAGUAUUCGAGAGAAAAUGUUCCUGGACCAGAUGAAAGCCUGCCGUUGAGUUUGAACAGUCCUGUUUCUAACACAACUCCAUUCCCGGUGGUGCGGCCCAACACUCAGACUGGACCUCACUCCAUCAGCUGAAGCACAGUAGCUAAGUAGCUCAAACUCAAACCCAGCACUUCAGGUUCUUCCUUCUCUCUGUUUGUCACAGUAGGACUUUUACUUUGAAAGGAUCAGGAACACAGCGGCCCAUUGUAGUUUUCUUCAUUUCCAUUUUUCCAAAUACUGCAGCAGGUGUUAAGUGGGGUCCAAUAGCACCACAGUAUUUUUGUGUUCAUGUGCUGCUGUUGGUCUCCUGUGACUUUUAAACAUGUAGAUCUUGAAACUGAUGCCUUAUUUAACGACUGUGCUGAUUAGUAUUAACAGAAUCAACAGCGACCACAAGUAGACUUACAACCCGGAACAAUUACAGUGUAUCUCCUGACUGAUUUCACAGUGUAUUCAGUGUUUUUUGAAACUUCCUAUUCUGUAAUAUACUUGAGUAACCUAAAGAGGGAUUUUAAUAAACUGUUCAAAAGCUGUA